AAAGCUUUCGCAUCAGAUAGAGAAAAACUGCAAACAUCAACUUCUGAUUAAAUCGACGAUGGUGCUUCUGAGAUCCCUCUGCCGAACCGCUGCGGCGGCCACCGUCGCUACUUUCCGAUCUUCGAGAUCAGCCGCCACUAAUCAGCUAUCUCGCAAUCGUUUCCUCGCCACGAGAGGAUUCUUCGCCGUUUCUUCUUCAUCUCCUUCCAAUCGAACUCCUUUUGAUUUGAGGUAUCCUCAAGCAAUUGGUAUAGGACAGGUGCGGAGAUUUAGCGAAGAUGUAUCUCACAUGCCUGAGAUGAAAGACUCUGAUGUUUUGAAUGCAUUCAAAGACUUGAUGGCUGCAGAUUGGGCUGAGCUUCCUACUGCUGUUGUUGAAGAUGCCAAAAGCGCGAUAUCGAAAAGCACAGAUGACGAGGCAGGGCAAGAGGCUUUGAAAAACGUGUUCCGAGCAGCUGAAGCUGUUGAGGAAUUCGGUGGGAUUCUCACUUCCAUAAAGAUGGAAAUCGAUGAUAGCAUUGGAAUGAGUGGAGAAGGUGUGAGGCCUUUACCAAAUGAUAUAACUGAUGCGCUGCGUACUGCUUAUCAGAGGUAUGCUGAUUACCUAGAGUCCUUUGAACCUGAAGAAGUUUACUUGAAGAAGAAGGUUGAGAUGGAGUUGGGGACAAAGAUGAUCCACUUGAAGAUGAGAUGCAGCGGGCUUGGUUCUGAAUGGGGAAAGGGUGUGAGGCCUUUACCAAAUGAUAUAACUGAUGCGCUGCGUACUGCUUAUCAGAGGUAUGCUGAUUACCUAGAGUCCUUUGAACCUGAAGAAGUUUACUUGAAGAAGAAGGUUGAGAUGGAGUUGGGGACAAAGAUGAUCCACUUGAAGAUGAGAUGCAGCGGGCUUGGUUCUGAAUGGGGAAAGAAAUUGUUCACUGUUGAUAUUAAGUUGCAAUGUGCACCUAUGACAGCAACAUAUAAGCUAAGCGAGAACAGCCUGAUUCAAGUCACUGUUCUUGGAACUUCAGGACUCUCCGGGUCUUACGUGGAGCAAAGGGCAUAA